AUGGAGUCCUCAUUACACGGAGUUUGGGAAAGUGCCGUUGGCAAUCCCUUCAUCCCUACCGUUGGAAAAGACAGUCAAUUCUCCUUGGGAUUCUCAUUAUUGUGUAUUGGAGUUCUUCUCUCUGGAUUGUUUGGUCUCAACCGAUCAGCUCUCACUCUGCCAUUACUUGGACUUCCUGCUUCAGCAGUCAUUGCGUUUGGUUCAGUUUAUAUGAUCUGUGCGCAGUUCCUCUUUGAUAAUUCACCCACCUAUUUCUCUCUCUCUAUCUUCACAAUGUCGACACCUCCUGUUCACGAAGAGCCAGCAGUGCCAAUCUUCAAAGCUGUUUCCAGUUCUGCCCGGCAGCUCUUCCAAUUACUCAAUACUAUACGAUUCGCAACCAAAGUUCAAGUUCAAAUUAGUACCCAAGGUAUUCGAUUUGCGGUUGAAGAAUCUAGAGUAAUGCAAGGAAUUGUAUUUCUUGACAAAGCCUUAUUUACCACUUUCAACUGUACUCUUCCAGAAUCGAAUCCCGAAGAGGAUGAAGAUGAAGAUGCAUCUUCAAAUGAUUUACCUGCCUUUCAAAUAUCUCUUUCCGCCUUACUCGAAACUUUGCAAAUUUUCGGCGCAGCAGAUGCUACUUCAAGAUUUGCCAGAUCCGAAAAUGAAGGAUAUAAUAGUAACAUUCGUCCCAAUCGACAAAAUGCAUUCAGCAAUCAAGCUUUAGGAAUGGCGGGCGUAUGUCGUUUCUCUUAUGCCGGAACAGGGUCUCCUUUCAGUAUCAUUCUCGAAGAAGCAGGUGUCACUACAACUUGUAAUCUCAACACCUAUGAACCAGAAGACUCGGAAGAAAUUCCAUUUCAAAGAAAUGCGAUGCAGGUUAAAAUUAUUACACAAGCUCGUUGGCUUUUCGAUGCCAUUCAAGAGUUGAAUAACAUGACUCCAACUCGGCUUGACAUUCUUGCCCUUCCUUCAAAUCCCUAUUUCAGCUUAUCUGCUUCUGGCCAUCUGGGGAGCGCUAGUGUUGACUUUUCCAAGGGUAGAGAAUUAUUGGAAACUUUUACUGUUAAAGAAAGGUGGUCUCAAAGUUAUCGCUUUGACAUGGUGAAAGCUGCUGGGGAUGCUAUGAGACUAGCAAGUAAAGUUAGUGUAAGAGGGGAUGAGCAAGGAGUUUUGAGCUUACAAUUUAUGGUGGAGGUAGAUGGUGGCGGUGUUAGUUUUGUUGAUUUCAGAUUUGUGCCAUUUAUUCGAGGGGAAGAAGAUGAGGAUGAUGAAAAUAGUCAAGAGGAUGAGGAUGAUGGGUUUGGAGAGGGAGGUGAUGAUGAAUAG